AUGGAAGGACAUCGCCCGCCUUCUGUACGCCAAGAACGCAAAGGUCUAUAUCCUAUGCCGCUCCGAAGACAAGGCGCUCAAAGCUAUCCAAGACAUCGAGAAAGCCAUUCAAGACUCAAAGGGCUCACUAAUCUUCAUCGCCUGCGAUCUCGCCGACUUAACAAAGUCAAUACCGCCGCCGAUGCCUUCCUCGCCCGCGAACAGCGCCUAGAGGUGCUCUUUAACAAUGCCGGCGUCAUGGUCAGUCCAAGCGAGCCCAACGAGCCUAUCACCGUAACAGCACAGGGCCACGAGCUCUACCUAGGCGUCAAAUGCGUAGCAACCCACCUACUAACCAAACCCCUCACGCCGACUCUCAUCGCCACCGAGAAGAUUAGCGCGCACCAGGACGUAGGCAUUUCUACGGACAAUCUCGACUGCCAUAAUCCAGAAAAGAAAACCCAGCGCCAUAGUCUAAGCAAGACAGGCGCCUGGACUCUAGGUAUCGAGCAUAACCGUCACUACAGAGCCCAAGGCGUGGCUAGCGUGCUUAUCGAUCCUGGUAACGUCGUCUCCGGCUUACCGCGUGAUCAAGCACUACAGCUGCGCAUCGUCGCUAAGCUAGUGUUCUAUCCGACUGUUUACGGCGCAUACACGGCGCUUUACGCUGGAUUUUCGCCUAAGGUCGUUUCUGACCAGGUCGACUGGACUAAGGAGUGGGUUGCUCCGUUUGGGCGGAUCAUCCGGCCUGAUUUGACUAAGGCUACGUUACUUGAGAGAGAUGGCAGGAAUGCGGGCACGGCUAGGUUCUGGAACUGGUGA